CACGGAGCGGGAGGCGGAGGCUGAGGCGGCCGCUCCCGCUGCUGCUGGUGCCGCCGCGGCUGCUCGGGCGGAGCGCGCCCCGGAACAGGCCGCCGCGCGCCGCGCGCCGCGCACGAACCCGCAGCUCCGCCGGCCCGGCAGGGUCGGGCAGCCCAGGGCAGCACGUUCCUAUUUCUCCCUGGCCACAGCCUGCCUAUCUCAGUUGAACACCUGUGGGCCUGAAGUUAAUUUCCAGAAGCAGGAGUCCCCAGAGCUGGCCAGGGGAUGAACCGCGAGGGGGCUCCCGGGAAGAGUCCGGAGGAGAUGUACAUUCAGCAGAAGGUCCGAGUGCUGCUCAUGCUGAGGAAGAUGGGAUCAAAUCUGACGGCCAGUGAGGAGGAAUUCCUACGGACCUAUGCGGGCGUGGCCAGCAGCCAGCUCAGCCAGCUGCCACAGCACUCCAUGGACCAGGAGGAUGUGGUGAUGGCAUUUUCCAGGUCGGAGACAGAGGACCGGAGGCAGUAGCUACUCGGGACACCCUGGAAGCUGGCAAAGGCCAAGAGAUCUGUGUGGACCUCGGCCAGCUGAGUGGCAGCAGAUCACCUUCCUCACCCCCUGCCCUACUCCACGCCAUCCCAAACCAACCCAGUCGCCCCAUGGCCACUCAGAGGGGCUGGCAUCGAGGAAGCCGCCAGUGGUGCACUUACAAUUGGCCUAAAGAGAUGGACUCACGAUUGGCUGCAGAAAGAAACCUUUUUAUUUUUAAAUCUUGACCAACUGAAACCGUUUAUUUUUAUUUCUGACUCCCUUUCUUUUUUUUUUUUUUUUAAUUUGCGCCUCGGUAUAUGGCUUCCCAGGAAGCUCUCCGAGCUCUGGUGCUUUAUUUAGAUCACUUUUUAGGAAUGUGAAGAGGUUGAUUGGCUGCUUAAACUGAAAAAGGAUUUUGAUUGGCCAGCUAGUGGAAACGGUUUUUUUCUUUGAUUGGCUGGAGGUGUUAUGCUGAUAGCAACAGCUUUUCUCUUUUGAAUGCUGAAAACAGGGUUUGGGACAUUGGUUGUUAUACUUGACUUGAAAAAAAGAAAGAAAGAAAGAAACCAAGUGCGCUUUGCAAUAUUUAUUACACAAAGAACUUGCUGAC